CUCCUCCUCCUCGUCCUCCUCCUCUAUGAGACAGGCUGCUGCUGAGCUGCUGAGGAUACACAGCCAGAGGAAUUAUGCCCUGCCCAGCAGUGGCUUUGCCUAUUUGAUGAGGUGACCUAUGCAUACCAAGUAGUUGUAAGUCCGGGGAGAUCCCCGUGUUUUUGUUUAGCAUGAGCAUGGAAGAUUAUGACUACCUGUUCAAAAUAGUUCUGAUAGGAAAUGCUGGAGUUGGGAAGACAUGUCUCGUCCGGCGCUUUACUCAGGGCCUUUUCCCACCUGGACAGGGGGCUACUAUCGGAGUAGAUUUUAUGAUUAAAACGGUGGAAAUCAAAGGGGAGAAGGUCAAGCUGCAGAUAUGGGACACAGCUGGACAGGAGAGAUUUCGCUCCAUUACUCAGAGUUAUUACCGUAGUGCCAACGCCCUCAUUCUUACGUAUGACAUUACCUGUGAGGACUCCUUCAGGUGCCUUCCAGAGUGGCUGAGGGAGAUUGAGCAGUAUGCCAACAACCAGGUGGUGACUAUAUUAGUCGGUAAUAAAAUAGAUCUGGCAGAGAAGAGAGAGGUUCUCAGACAGAGGGCUGAAGACUUCGCCGAGGCUCAGAGCAUGCUGUAUCUAGAGACCUCGGCCAAAGAGUCUGACAAUGUUGAGAAACUUUUCCUCGACCUGGCCUGCGAACUCAUUCGAGAGGCCAAGCAGAACAAGCUUGACAACAACGACACUGCCCCGAUGCCCGGUGAGGGUAAAACCAUCAGUUACUUGAGCUGCUGCAACCUCAAUUAGAGAGAGCUCAGCCCUCUGGCCGUGGUAACUCAGUAGCCAUUGACUGUAGAGGGCAGAUGGCCGAGCCCCAAUGCCUCCGUCCCUCUGAAAUGGCAUAAAGCCACUUCUUAAUCCUGUCAUUUCCAAUCCCAUGCCUUUUUAAAAGCUGUACAAGGGAGUUAGUCAACUUUAGUUUGGCCUUCCAGGAACAAGCAUUUUAGAUGCUGCCAGUAUGGAGAACAUUGUCCUCAAUGCAACAGGAUGUAAAGAGUUGCCUGAUGCAUCCAGGAAUCGGAGUAGGCUUCCAUUUUGUUCUCCUCAUGGUGAAAUGGCAGACCUUUCCUAUUUGGGCUUUAGGAUCCAUUGUCAUUAAACAUCAAUAUUCACCAGCAGUAUUACGUGAGUAAAAAGUUCGACCAGGUAUUUUGUUACAGAUUCUACAUAGCUGACAACAGGUGUCAUGAUCAUCGGAGGUUAUCAGUAAAUGGUAACACUAUGUUUACAUACACUACAUUUUUGAGAUGACAUAGUCUGAUCAAGUUGCAAAAAAGUUUUGCAAGCUUACCCUAAAAAUCUGUUGCACAAUCAUUUAUUACCUUCUGGUUUCUUCUGCUCUGAGAAUCGCAUAUGGUUUUAUUAAUUGUCAUAAUCUCAUUUCUGAGUAGUUAUUUGCACCUGUCAUUACAAACUGUGAAAUAUUUGUUCCCAAUAGAAGGUUUUUACUUGCUGCUAAAAUAUGUUUUUGUGUCAGAUAACAAACUGAAACACGUAUAAAUACUACAUUGAAACAGUAUUCUGUGAUACCAUUGUUAUUUUUAUUUUUAGCAUACUUGCAGCGCUUGUGUUUAGUCAGUUGAUAUUGUAUGAAGCAGUUUGAAAGGCCUCAGAUAUCGUCAGUCAUCAGUAGAAAUUAUAAACGGUUUAAUCAAUUGACUUUUUUUAUUUGACUGUCAGCUGUUUUUUUUAAAUUUUAAUUUCAUCAUAGACGUGAAUAUUUCUGCCUUUGUUGUUGCUGCCUAGCCAUGAAAUUGUAUCACUUCUUAUUUGUUCGAAGAGAUAUGUUCAUGUAGUUUCGUAUUUGACUUGUUGUACUUCAUAUGCUUUUAUUGUGAAAUUUCUUGAUUGUCCAGCAUGUUUUGCCAUAAUUUGUAGUGUCUAACUUUAUCUUUCAUAUAUUUGCCAUAACUGUAAUGUACUGUAUUGCACAAUGCCAUAUACUGCACACUUAUUAUUUUUAUUGUAACAUUUUGUCCUUUGUUGUACAGACUGUAGUACAUCUUGGCACUUUGCUUUUAUAUUUUUUAUUUUCAGUAAUCCCUUUGUACAACCGGCGAGCAUUUUGUUUUGCCUUUUACCUUAGAUUUAACAGCAGUGACUUAUUGUUAAUCCCUUGCAUUUUCUUGAAAACACAAUAUGGGAAAUACAAAGGAAAACACUAUUGGGAUAUUGUGCUUCUUUUCCUUUAUGUGUACAAAGUAAUACCUAAAAAUACUCUGUAUAACAUUAAAUAAUUACACUAAAUAUUGUGUACUUGUCAUGUUAUUAUUGCUUACAGCCAGUCAUUACCGUGACUGUCCAGUACUGUAGUAAAGAUCCUUAUUCAUUUGAACCUCCUAAUUAACAAGUAACCUCUUGCCACGGCCACUUGUAACGAAAUGUUUGUACGUUGUUUUAAUUUGAAAUAAUGUACCGGAACUUAAAGUGUUUUAUCAUUGACGCCGACUUUACGAAUUAAAUAUUGCAGAUCCUGACAGU